AACUCAAGAAAAGGAAACUCAGCUACUCGAAGCAGUCCUGCGAAAUGCCUAUAGCCUCCACUCUGCACUCAAGAGAAAGUGCUGGAGCUAAUCAAGUGUGGUUGGGAAAGAUAAUGGGAUUUUAAUCUAAAUAAAUAGCACAUUAAUAGCAACAAGGUAAGCAAAAUGGAUUUUCUCCAGGUGAACAGCUUCUGUUACAUUUCCAGGAAGAAACUGUAAAAGGUUAGAAAUUUGCUGGGAUGGAUUCUAUUUACCAUCAGAGAAAGCCACUUACGUUUCCCCGGCUCGCAUACGGCAUUCCAGAGCUCACAUGCAACCUGUGAGAAAUAAAAACCGAGAUCAUUGUGAUCGAAGUCCGUGUUUUGUCCUUUUGGUUCUUGUCCAUCCAAACUCUUUUUGACAUUCCAGAGACGGCUGGCUCACUACAAAUUAUUCUGGAGGAAAUUAAAUUCUGAAAGGACCUAAAAGCCAAGCAAAGAACCACCUUUGGAGAUGUAUUGAUUGAGAUAAAAGCAAAUUAGGCACGAGCACCACAUUUCCUGGGUCAAAAAAAAGCCAUGGCUGCUACUGGGAAGCAGCUGCUUAGCAUGGCUGAAGAUUCUGUGAGAGAGAAAAGUACAGAACGACUUGAAAACAGGCUGACUAUUCAUGAUUUUAUGAGGAUGCAGGAGUUUUUUAAGUUUCUGCAGCCACAGCAGGUGCUGCAACCUUCCAAGAGUUUGACUUCACCCCCAAAGGCGCGCUCCUCCAUUGUCUCCCGGGACAAACAGAUACCAACCCAUCACGGCCCUUCCAGAAUAAUACUGCAUACCGAGGCAGAAUAUCUCAGUGAGCUCAAGCUCCCAGAAUCAAAUGAGAGCACAGGCACAAUGACGAGAGACGAGUUUGUAGACAAAAUGUCCACAGCAGUUCGGCAAGGCACCAGGGAAGAGUACGGUGAGUUGUUUGACAAGAUAGAUUUGAUCCGAGAUGGCCUUAUUGACUGGGACAAAUUGACCUCCUUUGUGCUGCUUGAGCUGUAUGAGAGAGAUGAACGGGCCAGGCGAUCGGUCAUCCCUCACUGGAAGGACCUUCGGUUUCUCCCUCUGAUCCACAAAGAUGCUGUUCAGAAAAUAACACUAUUGAAAAGCCCUAUCAGCUACCUGACUGUGAGCAGGAGCGGUUUGCUUGGCUGCUGGGGAGAGAGUCUGAAGUUACAGAGGACUCUUCAGAUCACCACAGAAGCUGUCAAGCCUAAAGACCUCUGGGUGACCUCUCUGGUUGCACUGCCAAAUGUUAACAAGGUAGCUGUCUCAUUUACAAGCAAAGAGAUCUAUUUUGCUGAGCUGAAUUCCAAACAAGGGUUCUCAUGUCAGUAUAGACUUCAAGGCUUUGUGGGAACUGUGAUAUGCAUGGACUACUGGUACAACCCUCACGAUGGAAACGAUGCUAUUCUGACAAUGGGAGAUGUCUGUGGGCAGGUCCAUGCAAUUGUCUUCAACACAGCUCUGAUCUCAUUGUUUGAACGACCUUCACAUUCCACUGAAGAUGAAAAUGUGACAAUGACUCUCACUUGGCAGGAGCUGGUCUCUGGGUAUCACAAAUGCUGCUAUGUUUUAAGGCACAAACUCCAUGAUAAGGAAUGGGUUAGACAAGUUGCAUACAUCCCCUCCUUAGAUGUCUUUCUGUCUGUUACAACCAGCAGCACAAACACAUUGGUGCUAGCUUGGAGAGAGAAAUUAAGUCCUCGUCUUACAACGACAACUUUCCACGUGGCUCAAGGAGUCAAUGCUUUUGAUUUCCAUUCAAGGCUCAACUUGAUAGCGACCGCAGGAGUUAAUCGCCAUGUUUGCCUUUGGAAUCCUUAUGUCACGUCUAAGCCUGCCGGAGUCCUGGAGGGCCAUUCCGACAGUGUAAUCGCCGUCCGGUUCAUUACUGAGCGCAAACUGCUCUUCAGCUUCGGAAAAGAUAAGGUCUUAAGGAUAUGGGACAUUCAGCAUCAGCUUUGCAUCCAAAGGAUUUCUGGCUCCUUCCCCAAAAGCCUAGAUUUCCAUUCCACGCUUUGCUUUGAUGAAUCCCAUGGGCGUCUUUUCAUCUCGUUUAACAACCAAUUGACAUUGCUGGAGAUGGAGCAGGAUCCAGGCAAAAGCAGAGUUGCCAGUCACAGGAAAGCCGUUACGUGCAUCCUUUACAAUUCAGUGCUCCAGCAGGUAAUCAGCUCAGAUGCAGGAUCUACUGUUAUCUUCUGGCUGAUUGAUACUGGGCAGAAAAUCAAAGAGUUUACAGGUUGCCAUGGCAAUGCUGAGAUCAGUACUAUGGCCCUCGAUGGGACUCAGACCAGACUCUUCACCGGAAGCACAGAUGGAACCGUAAAGAUCUGGGACUUCAAUGGACAUUGUCACCAUAAGCUCAAUGCCGGAAGAGACCGAGCAGUUGAAAUCUCCCAGAUCAUGGUGCUAAGCUGGACUAUAUUAGUUCUGGGCUGGGACAGGACAAUUACUGUCUUCCGCCUGAGCAGCUUGACUCAGUUUCUGGUUCAGCCUUCGGAAUGGAAAGGAGGAGCUCGGCACCAGGACGACAUCUUAUGUGCAGCGUUUCUACCCCCGCAGACUCUAGUUACAGGGAGUUCUGAUGGUGACAUUGUUGUAUGGAAUAACAGCACAGAAAGCGCCUGCUCUAAGCUGCACUUGAAUUCCAGGAGAUCACUGAAAUCCAGCUCAGGCUCUCAGGUGCAGCGGAACGUAACUUCUGCUGGCAGGCUGUCCUCUAGAAGACACACACUAUCUGCAGCUGACUACGCCAACUCUGACGAGAACAGUCAUUCCAUUAGUAGGCUCUUCUUCCUGGAGGCGAGGAACGUUUCGGUGUCAGGAGGUGCAAACCUGGUAUCCUGUGGAGGUGCUGGUUACGUGAGGUUUUGGAACACACAGAGAGGCAAGCUGCUGGCAGAGUUUGAAGCCCAUAGCGGGGUGGGGUCCAUUAUCAUGGCCACUGAUCAAAGAAGCCAGUACCUCAUAACCGGAGAUCUGGUUGGAUGGGUGAAGAUCUGGAACAUAGAGGAUUACUGCCUUAUUUUGGGAGAAAAUGUGAAUUACCAGCCACCCCCUCUGAUCAGAUCUUUCCAGAUGCACGAUGAUUGUAUCACUUGCCUGGAGACCUGCGUACGAAACAACUGCCUCUUUAUCCUCUCGUCUUCUGCAGACUGCAGCAUUGUUCUUACUGAUAUUUCUGGCGUUCCGUUUGGAAUAUUUGGGCAGGAAGGACAUUGGAGGAUUGGAAAUCAUGUUCCAUCCUUCCCCAAGGAGGAAAACAAGUAUGACGCAGAGGAGGAGAAUGAUAUUAAAAAGAACACCGUAUCCUCGGUUGAAGAGGAAGAGCCUCCCCCUAUUCCAGUGGAACAAGCUGUACCUGCUACAGAGGAUAACGACAACUUCGCAUGUGUGCUGAAUAUAUGGGACAACACAAUAUUAGGUAAAAGAUACAAAGAGGGGAAAACACAGAAAAGAAGAAAACAUACCCUCUUCAACAGAACUGCUGUGAUAAAGCCAACAGUUGUAUUUAGGUCAUUAAAUAUUGAAGCCCUGGAGGAGACGACAGAAAUGAAUGAGAGCGACUUUCUUCUGCACCCUGACAAAUACUUUGGGGAAAAGUUGGCGGAGAAGGACUCUGAAGAUUUAAAGCUGCCUACCCUUUCGGCAACCCUGAAAGCUGCAUUUGAUGAAAAGAACUUAUUCCCCAAAGAAAUUCUGGACCGUGAAAAAAAAUCAAGGCAGCUGCAUGAGGAAAUGUGCAACAGAGGCAGGAUAACAAACGAGAGGAAGCAAGGGAAGUUGAAAGGAAAAUGAAUCAAGCUUUGCUUUAAAAAAGGGAGAGCAAGGUUUUGCACAGCAUUGCUAGACCCUGGAAGAAAAAUGGUUUGAGGAACAGUUAACCAAAUCAAAGGAUGACAAGACGCUUCAAAAUCCGAAUUCAGAAUGAAAAAGUGCAUUUGUGUCGUACAGUCAGGAUAUAAGUUUUGCUUCUUUUCUUACAUUUAUUAUGGAUUACAAGUUUGUCUGCUUUUUGAGAUGCAGCAAAAAAAUAAUAAUGAUGAAAAAAAUGUCAGCACCGCAGGUCUGAAUCUUCUGCCUGCCAUGUACUUGUGAUUUGUUUAUGUACUUGAGAAAAAGCAGACAAGAACUGGAAGCCAUUUCCUUUAUUGAAGAAGAUUGUCUUAAUAGCAAUUCAUUAAAGAUAUUUAUGCAGUCCUCUGCUCAUGUAAUGAAUAUUUAACCAUUCUGAAAACAAAGGUUCAGAAAUCCAAAGUUAUUGCUCCUCUAGGUGAGGUUGAUUUCACAUGAUUGUUUGGUUUUGCCCAAUCCACUUUCCAAAUAGGGCAGGAGUGGCGAACCCCCUACCUGGGGAUCAGCCCCUAUGUCUUUUUUAGGGGGGAGUGGGGGGCUUGCUAAGACUUCACAAACUUUGGUGGCAGCAGCAGAAGGACAAAACAAUGUUAAGUAGGCACAGCACUGAUUAGGGAUGGGCAAAUGUGUCAAUUUCAGUUCCUCAGUUUCCCAAUUGUUCAAUUCUUCAUAUUUCUGUUUGCUAUCUGGUAAGCCCAACACCACCACGGGGAGGACUCUGCAUCCUCUAGAAGGGCCCACUGGGGAAGUCCACUGAGAACACUUUGACCAGGGCCGCCUGAAACCUGAUACUGGCCUGGACUUGGAAUAAGACUUCUGCAUUUCAUUAAGGCCUCCACUCGCCGUUCUGCUUAUGCUCUGUUCAAACCAGGACUGAGUGCUUUCAGUAAAAAUAGAUUUCGAUGCUGAACGCUGUCUCAAACUUAAACCCCCAAGGACUCUGGCCAAUUGCUGCAUAUAGAC